GAUCAUGGUUGCUGAUUGGCUAACAGCCAACUGUGAAAUCAUCAUCAACUGAAUAGCUGACCAAAUAUGGAGUUUUGGCAUAUUAUUGAGCCGAGUGACAUCAUAUAUAAAUCAAAUGUGAUAAAAUCAUAUUCAAUGUCAUAUUCAAUGAAAUGACAUCAUGUAAAUAUGGAAACACGACCAAGACGAUAGUCACAAUAUGAUGCUGCGCCUUUGCCCGUGUUUGCAUGAAAGGAAAAAGUAAAUAUUUGGGGAAAAGAACUGGUCAUUAUUUCAAUGAUGAUGAGUUGAACCACAGACCUCAGGUGCAGAUGUCAUUUUCAUCUUUUAAAUAAAUAAUAAAACAAUGAUUGAAUUUGGUUUUCACCAGAUAUGAAGUCAUGAAGCAUUAUGAAGCAGAUUCAAGCCCUCAGCCUUCGACUUUGGUUGAUAACACAAACUUCUGGCUUGAUAAUUCUUCAUAUCAUGCUCAACCUCAUUCAAUAGUUGUUAUAGGCUAUCACAAUUUUGGGCAUCUCUCGAUCACCCGAUAUAACUCAAUAUAAGGGAAUUGUACUGUAUAAAUGAAAAUUUUGAAUGGAAUUUUUAUACAUUUAUUAGACCUAUAACCAGGAGCAGUUCUGAAAAAUGCAACUCUUGGCAGCAGGAAUCAAACCUAGCUGUGGCCAUGCAGCCCCGGCGUUGGUUCGCUUCCUGCCCAGGAACCGAUAGUUGCAUUUUUCGCAACUGCUCCUGGGUAGGUCUAAUAAAUGUAUAAAAAUUCCAUUCGAAAUUCCCAUCUACAGUACAAACCUUUCACCAUGCAUGCACAUAUACUGUAUGCUGCCCACAAUUCACAAUUGUAGAAGCAUCAGACAGUGACCACUAUAUUCCUACCUUGUCAGUUACUUUUGGGCCUUUUGCUGCUGAAGCAGGUUUGGUAUGAGACAGUAGAUAUACCAAACAAAUAAUAACAGCAGAAAGCGCGAUAAAAGCCUUCAUUAUUGCCUUCAUAAACUUCAUAAACAGCUGUAUUCUAUUAUUAAAACUUACAAUUUUGUGAACCCUCCCCUCGUGUCAAUUAAAUUUCACUCCCCCCUGGUAUUAUUAAGGAAGCAUUUUUAUUCUCCAAGUAUAGUACAUAUUUAAAUGUACAAUUUAUAUUUAAAUCUACUGAAUGGAUUUAAAUUAACCAACAACCUUACAAUGCUGUUUUUAUUUUUUGGGCUUUUGGCCAUUCACAGGCACAAAGCAAAAUAAAAUGCAUGGCCUUCUAUUGAAAUGACACGUGCACAUUGCAGGUAUUUCCUCGUUUCUAAUUGGUCCACGAGUACCUAUAUAGGAAAACCACACAAAUCUCCCAAGCCUCUGUUGGACUGUAACUCUUUGUUGUUGAAAAGUCAAAAUGGUGUCUGCAAAAUUAGGUUUAGUUCUUCUCAUGGUUUUUGCCAGCGCUUUAGCUGAGGAUGCUAAAGUAACGAAACAGUGUUAUUUUGAUAUAACGAUUGGCGGGGAGAAAGCUGGACGUAUUGUAGUUGGUUUAUUUGGAGAUGCUGUCCCUAAAACUGCCGAAAAUUUCCACCAGCUUUGUACACACAAGGUAGCAAUAUUAGAACAUUUAAUAUGUCUGUAUUUAAUACCGUAAAAUAUGCGUUUUGCUUUGAAAAAUUGCUUGUUAAAUACUGAGAUGUGAGCUAUGUAAUCGUUUAAUAUAUUGACAAGUGAUACAACUUAGGGGCUGUUCAUAUGAGCCCUAGCCUGGCUGGUUUUCAAGUGCCGAGAUCCCGCCUCACAUAUUGUUUGUAUAUUAAUUUAGGAUUGGGUUCAUAUGAGAAGCGGGCCAGCCCGGUUUGCCGGGAUCUUGCUUGAGCGAGGCAAGAUUCCGGCUUGCCGGGCUCAUAUGAAUGCACAACCGGGCUAGCCGGGCAGGAAAUUUGCGUGCUUUAUUCCACUGAUAAACAGUCUAAAAUGUCCAAAACUAUAGAAUUUAUCGAAAUUAAACCUGAAGCUGUUGCCGUUGACAAAAAUAAAAUUUUGCCAAAUAAAUACGAAUUUUAUUUUCCCGCUAAAAUAUCGCGGGAAAUCGUUACUAUGAAUAGAUAUGAUUGCCAGGCUAGCCCGCCUCAUGUGAAAGCAAAGCGGGCCAGUUCGGUUAACCGGGCUCAUAUGAACAGGCCCUUAGUAGAGGUGUGCAAAUCCGAUCCGAAACUGAUCCGAAUCCGAUCUGAUUAGAUCCGUUCGGAUUUCGGAACCAAAAUAUUCAUAUCGGAUCGGAUUGAUAAAGUUGUUUCGUAGUCGGAUCGGAUCGGACUUCGAUAUCCGAAAUAAAAUGAAUUAAUUAUCCACACAUUAUCGCAAGAAUUAAUUAUCUGACAUGCAUUUAUCAAAGCAUUAUCGCAGUUGUCGCUGCAUUAUUUGUUUGAUACUUCAAUUGGACGUCACUUUAUCAGCUUCUUGACAUGUAUUUCUUGCUUUAAUUUAUAUUUAUUUGGUUAAAUAUUUCAACUUGAAUGAGAAAUUUAUUUUAUUAAAGAAUUCUUCGGAUCGGAUUGGAAUUCUUUAUCAAAAUUCGGAUAGGAUUCGGAUUAGACAAUUUCGGAUCGGAUUUUAAUUAAACAUUAGUCAAUUGUCGGAUUAUAAACGUCAAAUCUGAUCCGAUGCACACCUCUACAACUUAGUGACCUGCAACACAACAUAUUUGGUGUGUACAGCUUUAUGACGGGAACACAAAAGGGGCAAUUUGUCCUGGGCCUGGGGCAAAUUAGGUUGGCAGCACAUGGCCACCCCGUUGUUGCUGGUUCCAAUCUUUGUUCCUUGACCUUCUUUGCCUUAAAUGUUAUGCAAUAUCUAGCUCAAUUUAUAGCAUUGUAUGAAGAGUUAUAUUUAGCUAUCAUUCAAGGGCUUUCAGAAAUUGUUUCUAAAGGGGAUCCCCCCCCACUUCCACCUCCCCCCCCGAAGUGUCCACCACUCCCUCCCCCAAGUGUCCACCACUCCUCCCUCCUAAGUGUCCACCACUUUCCCCCAAGUGUCCACCGCUAAAUUUAACUGUGAACUAGUCUCCACAAAUGCAGAAUUUUGCCUGCAUUCCGGGGGGCCUCAGAUUUCAAAUUUUUUCCAGGCCAGUAUGCCCCUAAUGACCCACCUGACAUAUUAUGUGAUGGAAGUUUAGUUUUGCGCAACAUGUCUUUUAAUCUAUUCAGCCAUUGUGAUAUUCCCUACCUUGAUAUUUUACUCCUUUAAUGGCAGACAAUGUUUCUGGUUAGGGACAUGCUUCCAUAAGAUGAUUAUGAAUAUUUUCAAUUUUUUAGAAAGGUUUUGGUUACAAGGGAAGUCUUUUCCACCGAGUCAUUAAAGAUUUUAUGAUCCAAGGUAAGUGUAUAUAGCCCCCCCCCCCCCUGCCCCCUUGGAAGCAUUAUGGUAAAUACAAAGCCUGUGCAUUAUAUUUUUAUUUCACAUAAUGUAAAUUUUAUAUCUUGAGUGUUAGUAUAUGUUUUAAAUGUUGUGGAUUGUAGGAAUGUUCGGUAUGAGAAAUUUCCGGUAUCGGUAUACCGAAAAAAUUAUACCGAUAUUAUCGGUAAACCGGUUUUCCUUUGAUAAUUAUAAAGGAAAAUUCUUUAAUGGAAAUUUUAAGGAAAUUUUGAGUAAUUCUAAAAGGGAAAAUGAUAAUUUCGAAGCUGUUUCGAACAUGUUUCGAACGACACAUACUCAGUGUAAAAUCUCACUGAAGUGGAAAUUCUAAAUCAUUGCAUGCAGUAGAAAGUUCUAUGAAUUGUCAUUCAGUAGUAAAAUAAAGGUUAUGGUUUUGCCAUAUAGUUGGUAAAUUUAACACGGUAUACCGAAAAAUUCCGGUAUAUCGGAAAUUUUGGUAUAUUGGUAUGGUUGAAUAUCCGGUAUUGAUAUACCGAUGUUGAUUUAAUACUGAGAGUUUCGGUAUAUCGGUAUACCGAACAGUCCUAGUGGAUUGGUGUGUGAAUUUAAGUGGAGUUCAGUGGUGCCUAAAUUACUUUGAAUUUGUACUCAAGUAAAAUUUUAAAGUAGAAGUAAUUAACAAUAAAACAACUUGAGUAAGAAUAAAAAGUACUGGAGGCAAAACAUACUUAAGUAAAAAGUACAAAGUAUCCUUAAAAAAUACUUGAAACUUGUACAAAGUAAAAGUAAAAGACAAAAGUACAGUACUAUUGUCUAUAGCAUGUAGAGGGGGGGGGGGAUGUCUCCAAUGGAUUGACAUGCAAAAGACACAAAACAGCACAUUAAUUAACAUUAUAUGUGUGCACUGCAAAUAUACAAUAUUUCACGGCAUGGUCUACCUUCCAGACCCUCGUCGAAGAUAUAAAAAAUCCAUUAAAUAAAUAAUGCUUGUAAUUAAGUAAGUCACAAACGAGAGAUUCCAGACACAUGUAGAGGUCGUAUUACCUAUCCCGAAAUUGAAAUAAAUCAGAAAUAAGUCACAUAAAUUUAGAAAGUAACGAAAUACUUCGCCACAAAAUGAAAAUAACGAAGUGAAAUGUUACUUCUUAAAACAACUUUGUUCCAAGUAAAAGUACUCCAGAAAAAGUUUACUUUGUUACAUGCUGACUUCUCAAAAAUAAUGUACUCAAGUACAUGCAGUAACAAAGUACAUUUACUUCAUUACUUGACACCACUGGUGGAGUUCUUAAACGUAUGUGUUAGAAUUGCCCCCAAAAUGCUGAAAAUGGUGCUCUACCAACUCUAGAUUUUAAAAAUUUAAUUAUCCUGGGGAAGCAUAUAUACCCAGAUCCCCGCCCUAAAAGUUAAUUGUACCAUCACAAUAAUUAUAAAUUAUGUAUGGGUUUCCCAGUAUUCCAACUUCACUUUCACGUAAUAAACAAACUAUAAACAAACUACAAAAUUUUAUAUUGCCAUGCACCCAGAUGUGCCCUACUUUAUUAUUUGACUGUCUAACAUAUGCCAGACGAUUUUACUUGUCAGGGCUGGGAGAGUGCUGCCACUCAAUGGGUUAAUUUUAUGAUGACUGUUAACUUUAUAAAACAUUCUUGCAUGAGAAGCAGCAGCAUUGUGUGACAUCUAGAUAGGAUUGCCACAGGUUACAGAUUUUCUGUGCUUCAAUAUUAUUGAAUACUAUUUUUCAAGAUGCGCCCAUAUUACUCCUAUCUAAUAUAUCUCAUAAUAACCAAAAUUAAAAUCUGGUACAGGGAUCCUGUAUUUUUGGGAAGCUGCAAACCUAGAGCUCAAACAGGGGUUAUAACCAUAAACUUAACAAGAUAACAACCAGGCUGCUUGCUCAAAAGCCUGUGAUUAGUGUUUACUAGUGUCACUCUAGAGAGACAGACUUGAUCCAAGUCAGUCUUACUGAUUUGAUUCAGGAUAUCAUAGCUUGUACCAAGCUUUGAACAUCAGCAGGCCUAUUGUAUCUGAUUGGGGGGCAAUCCACCCAUGCACCUAACAUUAUAGGCAGAAUUUAAGACAAUUUCUAGUACCAAAUGUUAAUUAACAGACCUACUGUACAAGAGAUUAUCAUCAUGAUCUUUAUCUUCGCUUGUCAGAUCAACAGCAUGAAGGGAAUGAGUUUGUUACUAUGACAUGCGUCAUUUAAAGGGUGUUCACAGGUCUUGAAAAUCCUGGAAAGUCCUUGAAUUGGAAAAAAAAAUUCCAGGACUGGAAAGUCCUUGAAAAUCAGUAGAAGUCCUUGAAAGUCCUGGAAUUAGUUUCCUUAAUUAACCUCCAGCUGUGCAAACAUUAGUGAUUUUGAUUAAAAUUACUGAAUAAAGUGAAUUAUUCACCGCAAAUCCGUGCCAUUUUCAAAGAUUUUUCCCAGUUCCAGGUCCUUAAAUUUACAGAAAAAGGGCCUUGAAAGUCCUGGAAAAGACCUUGAAUUUCCCCUUUACCAAAGGGUGGACACCCUGCUUUUUAAAUUAAGCACUAAAUGUUCUUUGUUUCUUAGGUGGUGAUUUUACAAGAGGAGAUGGGACAGGAGGUAUUUGAAACACAUUUUACAUGAUGUUAUAAUAGUUAGAAAUUUUGUGAACACCAAAGAAAAACAGAAACCAUUAAUACAGAGAAUUCUACAGCUAGUUAAUGUCAAGACGAGGUGCAAUGUACUCUAAGGCUUAUGACAUUUCAUUAUUUAAGGAUCACGCAAUCCGUGCAGGAUUGCGUGAUCCAUGCACGAGGGAUGUUGCGAGACUUUCGGAAAGCAUAAAAAUACUCGAGCCGCAGGCGAGUGUAUUUUUAUGCUUUCCGAAUGUCGAGGAACAUCCCUCGUGCCGGCAUGGCCUUAGUGCAACAAUGACAUUUAAUCCCGCGAAGGUAUUUUAAUUCCUCGUGCAGGAUAUCCUGAUCCUGCACAGUCAAUCAAAUGUUUCACUGUAGUUAUUAUAUAAUGUACAUUGUACCCUCGCUAUUUGAUUGGCCAUUUUAGUAAUUUACCCCCAAUUUGGUCCCAAGAUCUCUCUUCUAGAAAGUCUUCUGCUAUACAUAGCCGUAAUAAUGUUACUGGAUAUGAAAUUCCAAUGCAAAUCAUCACUCUAAUGACUCUUGACUUGAAUAUUUUAAAUUUAUUACCAUUCAGCUCUCUGCACUUUUAUUAUUAUACAUCGUAGUCACUACUAACAUGUCUUCUGAUUGGGCAAUAUCUUUCAGCUACAGUAAAUUUGGAAAUCACUUUUGAGCACGCGGAGUAUGUAAUUCUAUAGCAAACUGCAGUUUUAAAUGCACGAAUUCUUGGGUUUCACUAAGGCAUUAUGCAGUGAAUCUUAAUAACCUCAAAUGUAUUGAUGCUUAUGCUGUACUGGAUUGAGAAAAUGAUACGAAAUUCCAUGUACUGCAUUUGCCACCAAACACAAGGCUAAUACAUAAAACGAACAAUCGACUCACUCUGAUAAUUGUGUUUUGUUUUGACCCCCCGUCACUUCUGUGACGUCUAUGAAACCCAAGAAUAGAAACAAGCAAAACCAACAUGAAAGAACAGCGUUUUUGUGAAUGUUUUUUGUGCAAAAAACCUUUUAGACAUUUUUAUCGAGACUCUAGUACAGUUCUGGAAAAUGUCCAGCAGAGCCAGCAGCACCGCUGCCAGAAAAUAUCUUUACAGGAAAUUUUCAUACAUCUUGCACGAAUUUUUGUCAUCUUAUAUACUGGAAUGUCAAAUAAUUUAAUUUACUUAAUUGUGUGAUGUUACUCUGAGUAUAUAUCCACACCGAGAAGGCUUGAAAAAUAUGCCUGGCCACGGUGGGAUUCGAACCUACGACCUUUGGAAUACUAGCCCAAUGCUUUGCCAACUGAGCUACGCGGUCUGUUCGGUUCGAGUAUGCGGUAUUUCGGAACUGAAUGUAGUUCCUUCGAUAUCACCCGUAAUCUAAUAAUCAUUAUAUUUAAUGAUUAUUAGAUUACACUGAUAUCGAAGGAACUAGACUCAGUUCCGAAAUAUCGCAUACUCGACCUGACCGCGUAGCUCAGUUGGCAGAGCAUUGGGCUAGUAUUCCAAAGGUCGUAGGUUCGAUUCCCACCGUGGUCAGGCAUAUUUUUCAAGCCUUCCCGGUGUGGAUAUACACUCAGAGUAACAUCACACAAGCAUCUUAUUCACCUGAGUACAUUACACCAAUACAGCAAAUAUAAUUUACUUAUUGUUUAAAAAUUCCAAAAGCAUUUUGCAAGUCGAAUGCCGAAAUUGAAGUUGACCACAAUGUGUGGCACCAUACGUUCUCUGAAAUCUACCACAUGCAAGAAGUUUUAUAUUUGCCUACAGUUGUAAUUGACUUACACAGGAAAUUUUUAUUUUUGGAUUUUGCUUCCAGGAAGAGAAAUAUAUUUUCCGAGCCUGCUCUAGUAGGUGAAGAUGAGAUUUCUGAUAUUUUAUGCUGCUUUUUGUGAUAUUUCAAAUCGUUUUCAUUGCUAAUUUUUGUGAGAGAUAAACGUUGUUUUGUUUGACAAAUUAUUGCUUGUCGAAAGAUAUGAAAAUGCAAUGUAUAAUAAAACAGUUAUUGAAUUCGGUUUUUGAGAUAUCCAGGGCUGAAUAUAACGGCCGGCCAAAAAUGCCUCUUGACCGGUCACUUUUUUACCUCACCGGUCAUUUUUUAACCGGCCACAUUUUCAUGCCUUCCAAUGUGAUUUCUGACGUCUUGAAUUAAAACACGAAACUAUGAUGUAUCGAAACAAGUUUCUAAUAGUUUGUUUCGCUGUUAAUAGUAUACAUAAAGAUAUUACUCGACUGUGACUAGUUGAUUUGAUUUCAGCGCAGUUAAUCCCAAACAGCAGUGCAAUUUUCUGUAAUCACAGUGCAAUUUUUUGUAAUCCGGCACAGUGCAAUUUUCUGUAAUCACAGUGCAAUUUUCUGUAAUCACAGUGCAAAAAUCUGUAACAAACUGAUCUGAUUGGUGGAAAAAACAUUGUGAUGAUUAAAUCAACCAAUCAGUUUAAAGCAGUUUUAAAGAAGUAACGGUCACAGAUCGCUUCAAAACAAAACAAAACAAACAUGGCGCCGCGCUACACAAAGUAAAAGUUGCCUUCACGUGGAAAAUAUGGCUUUUAUCUCUAUUUUUAAAUGGCAUUUACCUUAAACAAGACUAACAAAAAAUACACAGUUGAGUGGAAUUUUCAAGCUGUUAGCGUUGUAUAAUGUGAUGAAACAAAGCCUGGAAAACUUUGCCAGUGGAAUGUUCGCCAUAAACGCGUAAGUUAAAACUAGCCUACAAUUGUCUCGAACAUUUUUAUGUAAAUUAUUAAUAAGUAAUAGCAUGGUUUCUCGUGAAAUUUGGAUAAACAUGCACUCGUGAGUUUUUCAAAGACCUCAAAUAGCACUCGUCCUUCGGACUCGUGCUAUUUUGACGUGUUUGAAAAACUCACUCGUGCAUGUUAUAUCCAAAUUGCACUCGAAAUCAUGCUAUUACCUAUACUAAUGUAAGCGUAUCAAUGGCCGGUCAAAAACAGAUUUUGACCGACCUAAAAUCAAGUCGACCGGUUAUUUUGACCGGAGACUUACAGUAUCUCCCGUUACUUUGAGCCCUGAUAUCCCUCGACCUUAUAAUUCUGGAUGUCACAAAAACCUCAUCCAAUAACUGUUUAUUAUUAGUACUGCUUGAUGUUAUGCAUUGUAUACUAUAUGGAAUCGUAUUUAACCCUCCGCCCAGUACGGAUUUUUUUCUGAGAUUGUUGAACAUUGUUUGUACUACACGUAAAUAUUUGAUAUACUGUGCCCCGUUUCAGGCAAGAGUAUCUACGGCGAGCGUUUUGCUGAUGAAAACUUCAAACUGACUCACUAUGGUGCUGGAUGGUUAAGCAUGGCAAAUGCUGGUAAAGAUACAAAUGGUUCUCAAUUCUUUAUUACCACUGUAAAGACACCAUGGUUAGAUGGACGUCAUGUUGUAUUCGGCAAAGUAGUCGAAGGAAUGGUAAGUGAUUAACCCUUGAAAUAGCAACAAUACCAGUGAAUACGCCCUCCUACCUUAUUUUACUAUCUAAAGCUAGUCAAUUUUACUCGUCAAGGCGAUAGUGCUGCUAGUGCUGUGCGCCAGAGGCCGGAGUUCUGCCGGAUCUCCGGCCGUUUUCGGUUCGCCGGAGUUGCUGUGCUUUCUCCCAGCUCCGGCUGAAACGUCAGUAUGACAGGAAAUGGGACAAUUUCGACGAAUUAGCGUACUGACAGUGGUUGAAAUUUACUUCUCUGUAUUUUUUCUGCGUUUUGGAGAUUUCAAUAUUUAUUACGGUUACGCAUAAACUUAAAAACAUUUUUCGAAGAAAGUAACUGCAGCAUCUAGCAUGCCUGUAUAUUUAAUUUUUUUGCAGGUAGCCAUAAAACAUUUUCAGUUAGCCCUGCGUAGUCCAAACUUCUCCUUCGCUUGAAGCUUGCAAAUUGCGACAUGGAACCGGGCACAGUUUUUAGUGUGAAGUUUCACUUCACACUAUUGUGAUGGCUGGCGAAUUCACACGAAUCAGUCAAACAGUCAGUCAGUCAGUCAGUCAGUCAGUCAUAGAGUAAACUUUCCGGGGGGUGUAUACGAUUUAUGUUCGUAGUGAUUUAUUGUACUUAGUCAGUACUUUGAAGGUUAUUUAGGCAAUUUAAGUUAACUUAUUCACAUAUUCUGUUUCCUUUUGCCAAGUUCACAAAAAUUUCGAGGAAUCGCUUUCGUUAUUGUAAUUUUUUGUAAAUUUUAGAACAUUCGCUUCUCAUGUUGUGUAAAGGAUCUUUACCCCCGGAACACCCGAUUUUUUCUUUAGUAGCGCAAAUGCGCAUGCGCUAUCAAGCCGUAGAUCACGAUGGCGUGACGAUAUGCUAGGAAGGGGUGACAGUGUUGUUUUCAGAUGUAUAGAGAUUUCAGACGUGAAUAUUGAGUAAAUCUUUGAAAAUCUACGCAAUAUAUAAAUUGAUCUUAUGCAUUACGGGCGUUCAAUUAAGUGCCGAUAAUAUUUAGACGGUAUAUUCAUUAUAAAGAGCUAGGAAGGAGCUAGACCGCCUAGACAGUGCAGUCAAGUGUGUAAACAUUUCAGACGUAAAUAUUGAGUCGAAUAUCUUGAUUCUAGGCAUUCAUUUGAGUGCCGAUAUUAUUUUCAAGGUAUUCACAUUAUACAGAGGUACAGUACGUAGGAGGAAGCGAGACAGUGUUGUUUUCAAGUAUAUAAACAUUUCAUACGUGAAUAUUGAGUAAGUCUUUGAAAAUCUACACAAUAUAUAAAUUGAUCUUAUGCAUUACGGGCGUUCAAUUUAAUAAGUGCCGAUAAUAUUUAGACGGUAUAUUCAUUAUACAGAGCUAGGAAGGAGCUAGACCGCCUAGACAGUGCAGUUAAGUGUAUAAACAUUUCAGACGUAAAUAUUGAGUUGAAUAUCUUGAUUCUUAGGCAUUCAUUUGAGUGCCGAUAUUAUUUUCACGGUAUUCUCAUUAUACAGAGGUACAGUACGUAGGCAGAAGCGAGACAGUGUUGUUUUCAAGUAUAUAAAGAUUUCAGACGUGAAUAUUGAGUAAAUCUUUGAAAAUCUACACAAUAUAUAAAUUGAUCUUAUGCAUUACGGGCGUUCAAUUUAAUAAGUGCCGAUAAUAUUUAGACGGUAUAUUCAUUAUACAGAGCUGGGAAGGAGCUAGACCGCCUAGACAGUGCAGUUAAGUGUAUAAACAUUUCAGACGUAAAUAUUGAGUCGAAAAUCUUGCUUCUAGGCAUUCAAUUGAGUGCCGAUAUUAUUUUUUCACGGCAUACUCAUUAUACAGAGGUACAGUACGUGCAGGCAGAAGUGAGACAGUGUUGUUUUCAAGUAUAUAAAUAUUUCAGACAUGAAUAUUGAGAAAAUCUUUGAGAUUCUACGCAAUAAUAGUAAUAGAAUAUAUAAACUGAUGUUAUGCAUUACCGUCGAUAUUAUUUAGACCGUGUAUUCGUUAUACAUUCUCAUUGACUGUAUAAGGUGCUACAUCACAGAUUAGAUGGCUAUACUCAUGUACAAAGAGCGAAAAAUUGCAUCAGAUUUGUAUCAGAUCAAUAAAGCAUAAACAACUAUUAAACAGAAGCGGGUAAACGUUUGUACGGCGUUUACGAAGAAAAAAACUUACGAGACUAAAGGGUCUAAAGGAAUCAGUUGAGUCAGAGCUCCUUGUAUAAAUAAGAAAGACGAGGAGAUAGCCAACGUGUUUAAUAGGUGUUAUCGCCAACGUGUUAUCGCUAAUCACUUAAUUGGCUCGCCAACAAGCUUUAUGCAAUAGAAGAAAAAAGCAAGGAGGUACAUUUAGCCAACGUGUACAUUCACGGACCUUGCCCUUGUCUUUGUUAAUACUGUCUAGUGUCUAGCACAAAACGCCGUUGUCAACGGUGCAAACUCGUAUUCAGUGCAACGAUAACUCUACCAGAUCUUACGAGAAUCAAUCUGUAGUAUUCUGUACACAGAACUGUAUCAAAGCUUGUCAAAAAUGUUUUAAACACUGCUAUAACUGUGAAACUAUUGAAAUCUAAGGGGCGGACCAUUAGAAAUCCCGGGAGGGGGGGUAUAAAAUUUUUGCGGCACGAAUUUUUUUUUCAGUCUCAUGUCUCUGCAGGAAUUUUUUUUAAUGCAUUUAACCUCUGCACGAAUUUUUUUUCAAGACUACUUAUACUUUGUUGUUUGCUUGCACGAAUUUUUUUUCUCUGACGUAAUGGCUGCACGAAUUUUUUUUCCAGGCAUUUUUCUUUGCACGAAUUUUUUUUUGGGAAUUUUCACCCCCCCUCCCGGGAUUUCUAAUGGUCCGCCCCUAAAGUGAUAUUUAUAUUCAACACAUGCGAAAAGCUGGAAAUAGACACACGUCACACUGGGAAAAGUCAAAGGUCAAUGAAACUUGUUAUUGUGAAACAUGUCACAUUAAGUUAAAAUGCGGAAGCGGAUAGAGCGGAUCCACGGAACGGAUAUGCGGAUAAAAUAGGGAACGGAUAACGAUAAAAUGCGUCUUUUAAUGAUGUAACGACGUAGUGCUUAUUAUUCAUAACAUAUCUUAUACAGCUAUUUCAAUUAUAGUUUAUUAGAUACAUUUAUAGCAUAGCAGUAGUCUCGUGGGGAUGUUUUCAGCGACAGCUGCAAAUGCAAAUGAAAAUUUAGAAUAUGCAAAAUUUGGUUGUUGGUGACACAAUAAAUAGAUGAAUUGCACCAGUUUCACAAGGCACGUUUCUGAUGUGUUAGGCUUGUUUGAAACGUCACGCUACUCGUGUGCCGAGCGUAUUAAAAGCAAUAAAUAAUGAGAUGAAAUGCCUUUGGUAACUGUUUAUUUCGUAGUGUAAGCCAUCAAGCUUUUCUAGGUUGUUGGCGACCCUAUAUAGUUCUUGCAGUGUCUUUUUAAAUUUGAAACUUCACACUAUCCUUGGAUCCCUAGUUUGAGUUAUGUUUCAUAUUGUCAAAAUUGAGUGUCCAUGCAUUAAUUUGCUCAAACUCAAUUGCUGGAAAAUUUUCGUAUAUCAAGCCGACAAUCUUGUCGGCUGACGAAUAAGAUUCUGCCACAGACCAGGAAAUUUUAAGUUUUUGAUGGCAUCAUUUGAUUAAUUUACGUGUUGGGUACGACUCUUAUUAAAUCUGGUCGGUAAAUACAUGGCAUCUACAGGACGAAAAAUCAUCUUUAACAUUAACAUUCCUUCGAAUUAUAGAUUUUAUAUUGUUUUUCAUAUAAUUUCUCAGUUCAAUAUUUUGAAAGAGGGGAAUAAAUGGAAUACAGAAAUUUCUCAAAAUGUUUGGAAAUUUCUAAUCAUACCAGUUUUCUAAAAAGACACACUACAGUAAAAAAAUGACGUCGUUUGUCUACAGUGGUCCAACGAAUUUUUCGUCUGGAACUACGAUAAUACACCCUUCUGGAAAGUACAUCACUUUGGCGAUAGAGCUUCGCUUUCGUUAGUUUCGUGUAUGUGACAUAAAUUAGAGACCUUACGAUUUAGGACGGCAACGCGACGGCAACGGCUACCAAUACAAUAAAUCAUUGAAAAGAAUUGACAGAGUAUAAAUUACAAUAUAUGAAUAAUUGAAAAUAGAAGAUGCGCGUAGCCAGGUUGAAACAUUAAUUAUUGAGCGUUCUCUGACUUAAUAUUUAUUUCUACGAGCUUUCGGCUAUCAGUCUAUAGCCUUCGACGGGUGUAUACAAAUGAUUCUAUAAAGGACGCUAAAAUUAAGUAGGUGGUAUGAAAUCUGAGACUAUCUAUGCUAUGUUACAAAUGGGUAAUAUGAAUAUUUAACUAAUUAAUGUUUCUUGAGUUCCUUUCUUAAAAGUAUUGUGUACUGUGCUGGAAGCGUAUUAGAGUUAUUAUCAGCUUCGUCUGUUAGUGCAGUGUACCAGGACUCUAAGGUUUUAAGGUUUCUAUGAUUUCCCUUGUCUAUCACCGAGCAUUGGCAAAGUCAAUUAUAUGGUCUUGAGUCCAUGCGUGUUUUGCAACAUUCGAUCCCUUCUUGCUGUGUUUUACAUUCCUUACAUGUUCAGACUUUCUCGUCUUCAUAUAUGAAUAAUAUAUGAAUAAUUUAGACUUUGAUACAAAAUGAUGACUUUUCGUUUUCCUGGAGAAAAAAUAAUUUAUCUUGUCUUGAAAAAUUGUUUGCAAAAAAAAACCCAGUAUAUAUAGAUGAUCGAGAUAUCAGAUAUCGUGUUCUCGUUAUGAGAAUUGAUGUUUGUAUAUUUUCGCCCACCCGGUCGAUACCAAUGUUUUUCAGUAUUGCAUCAACCUGAGCGUUUAGGUAUUUUUAAUAUUUCAAACUUCCUUGUUUUCAGGAUAUUGUGAGAAAGAUCGAGAACACUAGAACCGGUCAAAACGACAAACCAAACAAAGAUGUAGCCAUUGCCGGCUCUGGUGACUUGCCAGUUGAGAAACCAUAUGUCGUCGAGAAGGACGCCGCCAAGGAAUAAUUGUACCUUCAGCUUUGCUAAUUAGAAAGUAAUUUCUAACUGUCUGUAUAGCACUGUAGUAUUUGUUAGGCAAUAUUCAAAUUAAAUUUUUGUUUCUUGAAAUGAGUGGUUAAGAUUUACUGGCAUGCUCAUUCAUUUU